UUGUGGAGUGUGUCAAGCGGACACUUUUCCUCGCGCGUGUGUCAGUAGUUACCGAGAAAUAACGUUGCGCGGAAUUAAUGCGCCCGUCAAGAAAUUGUCCGGGCUGAUCGCUGUGAUCGAGAUCCAGACAAUAGGGAGCUGGCUUUGCGUGUGAAAAAGUUGACUCGUCCUUGCGAAGCAGCAGGAAGACGGAGUGCAGUGCAGUGCAGUACAGCGCAGCGCUAUGCGUGGUGAAAGGGGUCGCGCGCUGUGCUGAGAGGUUGAAUGUAGCAGUAAAGGGAAACUCAAGGAAGGCUGUAAGAGGACUCUGCAGUCUGGUUUGGUUUCCAGUGUCAUGAGACUUAAUCCACAGCAAGCUCCAUUGUAUGGCAAGGGUCUCCUAACUGUACAGCUGUGUGAUGGAGAACUGUACUUGGAUGAAGGUGAUGUGGAGUUCUACCUGCUCUUCACGGGCUCUACCCAGAGGCACCUGGCCACCACACUGAAGAGCAGCCAUGCUACCCUGCAGACGAUUUGCCCCUCCCACAACUGCUGCGAGUCCGUCCAGGUGACCCUCUAUGCAUGGUGGCCAGGUCGACCCAUGGAACACGUGGCUGAAGGCCACCUCUGCUUUGUGCAGGAUCUGGCCUAUGACAUGGCACAGUUCCUGGUGGGUGCUACAGGGCAGCCUGAUGGCCUGGAGGGGUUGUUACAGCUCGACGAAUGCCAGGUUGCAUCAUGUGAGCGUGAGCAGCUGGACUACAGCCUGGCGCUGGCCCUCCAACACUUAGCCCUGCCCAAGGGUUGGAAUGUACUCAGCCUCAGCCUGGACAGUGAACCCAUCCCCCAGGAGACCCUCUUGCACUUUGCGGCCCGUCGUGGCCUCCCAAGGGUGGCUGCCUUCUUGCUGCAGUGUCCGGGAGGAAGGGAAGCCCUAAAGCUGCCUAACCAGAAGGGCGAAACCCCUUUCGCACUGGCUGAGGCGAGGGGCUACACCCAGCUCCAACAUCUCCUCACUCAGUCGGAGGAGUCGCCGGGACCAGAAAACGAGGCAUCUCUGCUGACCAGCACUGAGGGCCAUGCAGUAUGGCACCACCGCAGGCUCAACACUUACACCCUGACCGUGUCUCUGACUAAGGAGGCCCCUCCUGCCAGCCUGGAGGAUGUAGAUAAACUACGGCGCAUGAUUCACUGCAUCCAAGAACAGGGAAGUCCCUCAUUUCAAGUAGCGUCAGAACUACUGCACACCACUCUCCAGUGCUGUGACAGCCCAAGAGAGCAAGCAGAAGAAAAGGACUUGCUUUACAUAGCACAGCAGGGCUCUGACUCCAGUGUUUCCUUCAACGAAAACGGGCAGCAGGAUGGAGGCAAGAACAUUGUCGGUAAUUGUGUUAGUGUCUCUGAAGGACUCCAACUGCCCUCAGACAAUGGCAUCAGUGAGGGCUGGGUGUGCCCUUGUCAGGACAGCUGUGUAGAGUGCACAAAGCAAGUGGAGAGGGAGCUGGGACCAGCUUUGGUUGGCAUCGUGGACUCUAAAAAUGGGCCAAAUAACAGUGAGUCUCUGCUGGUUUGGGAGGAGGGACUGAGGCCAGCUUCUGGCAAGCUGUCCUGCAGGGGCCAACAGGAGGAAGCUGAUAUCAGCCAAGGCACAAUCAGUGCUACACAGCAAAGUCUGGAGGGGGACAGCAAAGAAAACCAGGAAGUGGCAAGCAAGGCGGAAAGGGCGGAGGAGGUAUGUACUUGUGAUAACUCAGAUGCAGCUCUCGGCGGCAGUAAAGCCACAGAAAACAUGGGCAACUCACAGUAUCAGAAUGACCAGGGGAUAUCAGAUGGUGGAGCAGAGGACCAUACCUCCCAGGAAACUAGACAGAUUGAUCAAAGUAUGACAGAAGUGAAGACCCGCAAACAUGUAUGUGAAGACCCCCUGCAGGAGCCCGAAGGAGAGACGGAGUCUGGUGAGGUGUCGGAGGAAAUGUUUGUCGCGCACCAGUCCUCUGUAUCAUUUCUUGGACUUCAGGGCAGCACUGAAAAUGAGGAAGGAACAGUGGAAUCUGAAUGUUCAAGUGCAGCGGCAGCUGACCCGGGUUCUGCUGAGGCUCAGUGCGAGUCCGAGAAAAGCCACUUUGAACAAAGUCAGGAAACACCUGUGGUGGGUUGUGUAGAAGCUGAGGGGGACAAUGGCAGUGAUGUGAACUGUGAGUGUGAGUCGGGCAACACUGAGAUGGAGAAGCACAGAGAGGCAGCCAGUGGGGAUGAACCCUCUUCUGAUACUGUAACACAACAUUCACAGGGGGACAACGGAGAAGGAGGUGGAGUGAAGAACACUGGAUGUACAGAGGAAAGUUCUUGCGAGUUUGGUUCUCAGGUUUUACUAAACUUUUCCAGUUGUGAGGAGACCCUACUGCAAAUAGAAACUAGUUCAGCUGAUGGGGACCACAAAGAUCUUCAAGUUCCUACUGUUAAUUCUGUAUUGGAGAGCAGUGAACCAUUAACCAUAGUAAAAGACUGUGUAUUCUGCUGUGUGCCAGAGGUAGAGACCAAUAACAUGUCUGGAGAAGACAAAGGAAGCAUCUGUGACAUUACUGAUGUCACUUCAUUUUCCACCAGUGAUGAGAAUUCCUCCCAGACUGAUGCUGUUUCCACUGUUGCAGAAGAGCAAGGAGCCCAUAUCUCAAGUGAUGUAAUGUCUACACAGGAUGUCAGGCCAGAGGAGACAAAUGACAAGAUCUGUCUUGACGAUGCUGCUGAUGUGAAGCCUGAUGAAGUCCAUGGAUGUGCAGUAUUUGAAGACUCCUCUCAGUGUGUCCUGGCAGAGCAAGGAGCAAAAGAUUUGAGUGACGCAACAUCCAUGGAAGAAGUAGGUCCUGGACAGACAGUUGAAGAUGAAGGAAGCAUCUGUGUUGAGGAAUGUACUACAGUAAUGUUAAACAUGCCGCCCAACUUACAUCUUGAAGAGGAUAAGUUUCAUUCUGAGAACGGAUCCAGUGGAAGGAAUGCUUCAGGUGAAGUUAUAUCCAUAGAGGAAGUAGAUUUCCAACAGAUGGUGGAAGACCAACAAAAUGUUUGUGCAGAGGACGCUGCAGAUGUAAAAUUGGAUACAGUUUUGGAACUUCUGGAACUUCCCUUCACCGACAAUUCCAUUCAAUCUUUCAGCAACUUGGGGGUUGGAGAAGAGCAGGUAAUAAACAUUCCUAAUCACUCUGCAUCCACACUGGAAAUAGAUGCCCAGGAAAAGAGAGAGCCUUUAGAAGAAUCUACUUUCUCACCUUCAAAAACUGAGCCGCCUUCAGAAGUGGUCAGUAAAGAACAAGAAGGGAGUGAUUGUGGAGAGGUGCCAAAGGCAUCACCAGCCGCAGAGGCUGACCUGCAGCUGCCUUCCAGUGAGAAAUCAGCCAAAAUUCCUGUGGAAACAUCACAUGUAGAGGACCAUUUGAGCCAACAAGAGCUCUUGGAAGAAAACAAUGGAUCUGAGCUCAGACGUGACGAUCAGGAGAACACACUGCACACAGAUAUCAUUGUUCAGAAGCCAUCCAUGUCUUCAGACUCUCAAAAUGAUGAGGUUCAAGAAAGCCUGGGCUUUCCAGAGAGAACCAAGCUGUAUGUCGAUAACCUGAUUAUCAGAGAAGAGGAGGUUGAUUCUCACUUUAGCCAAGGUAUUGACCCUGAAACUUCAGUAGAUGUGACCUCUGACACUGCAGUGGUGGUCAUGAAUAGUGAAGAGUUGUCUCUGAAGAGUCUACCUGUGGUUCUAGAGGAAAUAAAGGAUCACCCAGUAGAUGGCCCAACAGGACUCAUGACCUCUAAGGCUGUUUCAGAGUAUGUUUCUGAGCAGAAAGACAUUGGAACUGCAGCUGCUGAGUUUGCAACCCCUGAGGCUCCCAGGGACCGUGUUCACUUGGAGCUCCCAACCCAUGCAUUGGAGGAGAAUUCCCUGCAGCCUGCAUCAGCAAGGGAGGGUUGUGAUUCCCUGGGCCCUGGUGUGCUGGGGGGGUUCUCCAGCACUGUGGACAAAGAUAGGGACUUAGUGGUAGGGCUUGAGCUACCACGCAUGCUUGACAUGGUGGAGGAAGUGUCUGAAGAAGGGUCUGAAGACAGUCCAGACAUUAAGACUGAUAAUAUUGAAGCUUCCUGCGGUGGAACUGAUGGGCUGCCAACCAUUCCCAAUUCAGAAAGAGAGGCCCCUACAGCAGGAGUCCAGGCAAUGUCAGCUGUCUUGGGGACACACAAAGGGAACACAAAUGAGAUCCACCGAGAAAAGGACACCUGCUACUCGGCGGACUCUUGUAUAGAUCCCAGCGAUUUGGGGAAGAUUCAGAGAUCAGAAUGUCCUGAGUCCCCAGAGUCUCUCAUCCCCCAGGCUGCAGGCAGCUCUGGAUCUACCGCUCUGCAAGACUCGGGCAGUGAUGCUGACGGCCUCUUCUGCAGUGACCUUGUAGAUGACAGCGUCUUCCAGAAAGCGGAGGGGACACCAGCCGGAGACAGCAUCAGCGAGGCGUCGGCUUCCUGCUCCUCCACAGAUGAUACAGCCAGUACAGGUCCAACCAGCUCAGCACUGGGGUGGUCAGCUGGGGACACCAGCUGGAGCUCUGAGGAGGCACGGCCUGCAGGAGAUCUGGGGGGCGAAGCAGAGGAGGAAGCGAAGGACCGUCUUACAGAGGUGCCCAUACGCUCUGCCAUCCUGCGCUCCUCGGUCCGCUCGCUAUCGCCCUUCCGCCGGCACAGCUGGGAGCCAGGCAGGAACUCGGGGAGAGAGGCACAGAUGAGCCCACGAAGUUCACUUCGGACUCUGGGGGAAGGAAGGCCAGCAUUUCAUAAGAGAAGCAUGAGCUGGUGUCCCUCGGACCACCCCUGUCCCGACGCAGACGAGGUCGGUAGCAGAAGUUACAGCUUGGAAGGCUUGAGCACAGACGGGGAUGCUGAGAAGGAGGCGAUUCCACAGGCUAUGCUUCCUCAGGACUCAUGUACUCUACAUCAGCUCGACAGCAAAGAGAGAGGGUCUUUGGGGUCUCUAACAGAGGAGGAGCAGGAGUCCCACUUGGGUGACUGCAGCAGUCUGGAUAAUCAGAAAUCAACGAGCCACCGGCCCAUGAGGUACAGCAACCAGUCUAUGUCUCUGCCCCUCACCAAGUCUGUGUCCAUGCUAGCCAUUAGCCACAAAGAACUAGAUGGUAUGUGGUCCUCCUCCAAAACACCUGCUCCUCACAGCUAUGGCAUUUCUGAUGAAGACCCUGCACCCUUGAGGGGUUAUAAUGAAAGCAAAAGUGGGACGAAGGUCAGCCGCACAUUUAGCUACCUCAAGAACAAAAUGUGCAAAAAGAACAAGGAUAAGGACAAAGAGAAGGGUAGGGGAAAAGAUCAAGACACCAAGGAAAAGGAGAAGACACUGAACGGGCAUGUUUUCAGCACAGUGAACUCCGCACCGUCUGCCCAGUGCAUCCAGUGCAACAAAGCCAUCGGUGCAAAGGAGGCCUCCUUCUGUACCAACUGCAAUGUACAUGUUCAUAAGGGCUGCAGAGAAAGCCUUCCGGUCUGUGCCAAGGUUAAAAUGAAGCAGCAGAAACCACAGUUUACAGUACCAGAUUCGGCUGCAUUGCCAGUUGUCACUAUGAGGCAGAAAACUACACCAUCACGGGAGCGGCCCCGGUCAGCCAUCCUAGUCACUGAAGAUCCCUCUGCAGGAGUUGGCUUCCGUAGGCCCACCAGUAUUAUACCCUUCCAAAGUAGUAAUCUGUCCAAGAGUGUCUCUAUCAGUAACAUUGCUGGCCCUGUCCUGGAUGACAUGCCUCUGAAUGGACUGAAAUAUCUCUCCCAGUCCACUGAUUCACUGCACAAGGCCAGCAAGGUUCAUGAGUCCACAGAGUCCCUCGUGGAUGAAGGCUUGGAGAUGAUGGAGAGCCAGCUGAUGGAAGAAUUUGAGCCGGAUGCUAAGGAACUGGAGGCUGACUCUUGGAGCUAUACUGUGGGCAAGGACUUUCUUAAGCAGCUGAAGAAGGAUGUCAUUAAGAGACAGGAUGUGAUCUACGAGCUGAUUCAGACAGAGAUGCACCAUGUUCGGACGCUGAAGAUCAUGGCUAAUGUGUAUAGUAAGGGGUUAAAGAAGGAGGUACAGAUGGAGGUGCAGAUGCUGGAGCGACUCUUCCCAAUGCUGGACAGCCUGCUGGAGCUCCACAGCCAAUUCUUUGCUCGCCUCCUGGAAAGGAAGAGACAGUCACAACGUGACAGCCAAGACAGAGGAUUCAUCAUCCGCCAAAUCGGUGACAUCCUCAUCACCCAGUUCUCUGACUCUAAUGCAGAGCGCCUGAAGAAAGUUUACGGCAAGUUCUGCAGCCGCCACAACGAGGCUGUCAGUUUCUACAAGGAACUUCAUGCUAAAGACAAGCGUUUCCAGGCUUUUGUUAAGAAAAAGAUGAGCAGCACAGUUGUGCGAAGACUAAGCAUCCCAGAGUGCAUUCUGCUUGUGACACAGCGGAUUACCAAAUACCCGGUGCUCUUGCAGAGACUGCUGCAACACACCAAAGAAAGCGAAGAGGACCAUAAUGAUGUGGUGCAGGCGCUGCGUCUUGUGAAGGAGGUCAUUGCAGCAGUGGACAGCAAAGUGAACGAGCACGAGAAGAAACAGAGGCUGCGAGAGGUGCAUGGACGCACAGACAGCCGCUCCAUCAUGCGCAUGAAGAGCGGCCAGAUGUUUGCGCGGGAGGACUUGGUGCAUGGCCGGAAGCUUCUCCGCGACGGCCCCCUGCAGCUCAAGACAUCUGCAGGCAGACUAAAGGAUGUCCACGCGCUGCUCCUCUCUGACGUUUUGGUUUUCCUUCAGGAGAAAGACCAAAAAUAUGUAUUUGCUUCACUGGAUCAGCGGUCCACCGUCAUAUCGCUGCAGAAGCUCAUUGUGCGCGAGAUGGCCAAUGAGGAGCGUGGCUUCUUCGUCAUUACAGCAGGGAUCGAGCAGCCCGAGAUGGUGGAGGUGCACGCUAGUUCCAAGGAGGAGCGUAACACCUGGAUGCAGCUUAUCCAGGACGCCAUGCACUCUAUGGCAAAAGAUGAUAAAGAAGUCCAUAGUGAAACUGAAGAAGACAGACGACUAUUGGAGUCCAAGACAAAAGAGAUGAGAGAUUUGCUGCGGAAAAAGGACGAGCAGAUUGCAACACUCCUGGAGGAAAAGGUUAAGCUCUUCCGCGACAUGUGCGAUGUCAGCACGCCUGAUGUCAGCUCCCCUCGAACCGCCUCACUGUUCAGGACCAUUCCAGGCGACAUGCCCAAAGGGGAGCCCAUCAUAAUGGAUGCCCUGAAAAUAAUGGAGACACUUCAGAUGCUGGUGAACGGUGAGAGUCCUGGGUGUGGAGUUGGGCCAGUGUGCCUGCCGAGAAGGUCGGAGACCUUUGGGGGCUUUGACAGCCAUCAAAUGAACACCCACAAGAAUGGGGAGAAGGGCGAGAGUGAAGACUGCUCAGACCUGCGUAGGACUGAAUCGGACAGCGUAUUGAAAAAGGGUGGGGAUGCCAGUCUUCCACUGCAUCUCAAGCGGAACAGUGAGCAGCUGCUUCACAGUGUCACCCAUCUUUACGACCUGCUGAGCACAUUGCAGGUGGUUGUGGUGCAACAGGACAGCCUCAUCGAAGAUCAGCGGCACAUGCUGAGUGAGAAGCCCUCGUCACGGCCCGCUUCCCGGCCCAACUCCCUCGUGGAGCAGGAAAAGCAGCGCAGUCUUGAGAAGCAGCGACAGGAGGCAGCUGAGCUCUACCGGCAGCAGACGGCUCAUGUCGAGGAGCGCCGGCGGCGGGAGCGUGAUUGGGAGGAUCGCGAGCGCCAGCUGGCCGCACGGGAAGCACAGCUCCAGGGCCAGGAGGAGGAGGCCCGACGUCUGGAGCAAGAACUGGAGGAGGCACGCAGGGAGCUACAGGAGGGCAAAGAAGAGUACCAGCGAGACCUAGAGAGGCUGAGGGAUGCACAGAGGAAGCUGGAUAGGGACAGGGAAACAACCAUCCAGGAAGUGGACAGGAUACCUCAAAUGGGACACGCGGAUGAGAAAAGGAAGGACAGAACGCCAUCCAGCACCUCAGAUGACUCUCUAAGGUUUCAGAGCACAAGCUCCCUGGACAGAGACCCUGGCGAGUGCGAGCGCGAGCUGUCCUCCUCCCCUGGGCGGGACUCCCUGAUGCGCAUGGGCUCUAAGCGCAAGGGACGGAGUCUGAACCUCUUCAGCUCCAGCUCAAGUCAUAAAGCACCAGGCAGCGAAGGUCAGAACCUCACCAGACUCCUUCCCUUGGCCAAGACUAAGGAAAAGAAGGACAAGAAGAAGAAGAAGGGCAAAGGCAGUCUCCCACAAUCAGGAGAGUCGCUGCUUUCCCAGGAGCCCCGCACCGAUGGGGAAAUUUUCUUCUGCUGAGCUCCUGCUGCUGCCCUGUGGCCCUGGGAGAGGUUCUCACUGCGCUGAGGGAAAUAAAUCCUCCCCCCUCCAUCUCUGCCUCCCAGCAUAUGUGGACUUUGCAUUUUUCAUAAACUCUGCGACAAGUGCACAUUUUAAUUAAAUGAGAAUUGUUACACAGUUUUCACAGCAGCCGACAAGUUGGAAUAUUUGUCGUUCCGCAUGUGGUUCUGUGUAAAAAUGAGUGACAUUUUACCUCACCAGCACUGGAACUCUUUUUGUUCUCAGAUCAGUAUUUUAAAAUUGAAAGACAAUCAAGGGUGUAAGGAAGCCUUCUAGAUUCUGUUUCCCGCUAACAAUGCUGUCACAGCUUUAUGAGAACUGAGCUGAAGAUUUUGAUAGUCCACACUUGACAGCAUUUUUAGUUUCUUAAAUGGAGUUACUGGUAAUUGUUCUGUUAUUCAAUCAUGACGCUCUUAGUCUCAUUUCUAAAUGUGGACGCGCCUGUCUGUUAUAUUUGGUAACCGUUUCUUCAUUUCCCAGCUAGAACUGCCAAUCUGGUUUAUGUGUCCUUGUUAUUAUAGCUGAGGAAUAACUGUGCUGUGCAGGCCUGUGUGAGAGUAGGUGUCUACUGUAGAGUGGAAGUCAGGGGACAGAAAUGCUCCAACAUCUUGGAUACCCCUAAGCAACCUCAAGAAGCAUAUGUCACAGCGACCCACACUUUGAUAGACAGGUUUACUCGAGCACAAUGCCCCUUAAUUUGCUAUCAAUGAAAGUAGACAAUCAGAUGAUGUAAAUACUGGGAUGCUUUGUACAUAUUCUUUCUGCUAAUACAAUUUAUGGUGCAAUAUUGAAUAUUACCCGAAGGAAGAAUCAGAUUUCCUAAAGAAUUGCAAAUGCUCAAGGAGAGCUGUCUAACGUGAGACGUUGUGUAUUGCUGAGACACCAAAUGAGAAUCUGUAUUUUUCUUGACUGAGUAGAUUGGCAACAGUCUACCUACAUUACAGCUCUAGUGAAUAUUAACCUUUCACAACUUUCAGGCAACUUAACCCAGCACCAAGCUAAAGAUUAAGAAUGAUUUAUAUUCUUUGGGUUUUUCCUCAUUAACUUAGAACAUUGAAAAAAAGCUUUUGCUGGAAAAUGAUAAUGGUAAUUUAUUCUGUUUAUUGCUGGAAUUUUAGCUCCAAGCACGAGUCCUGCUUCUAUUGGUCUUGAUUGAGGUGGUAGGUAUUGUCUGAGCUGGUAUUUGGAAGGGCUCCUGUUUGGUCUUGUCAUUCAGUGUCCCCAAGGAGGUGCUGCCGCAGUUUCCAUAUGGGCAUACAGGCCCUCCCAUCAUCGGGGGGGGUCCUUUUGAUUUUAUGCAAAUAUGGUGAAGUCUAUGACAUCUUUACGUCAAUAUUUGUGACCAUAUUGACCAUAUUUUUUCUAAGAAUUUUAUGAGGCCUUCCUAGUGCACCAAGUAAGACAAAAAUAUAUGGAAAUACAUCCAUUAAACAUUAUGUGGUUUUGUUGUCAACAUGAUUUUGCCUUAAUUAUUGUCAAACUUUCUGACUCUUUCUGGCCCAGCCAGUCUUCUGUAGGUGUAAACAUUUUUGGAUUGUAAAACAAGAAUGAAAAAAUUUGGUUUUCAGAUGUCUAAAAGUGAAUUUAACAGUACUGUUACACAACUUUUUCUUUUUGAUUAGCACAAAAGACCUUGUUGUAGCCUUAUGCUAAAAAAACAAGAUGCACUAGAAUGUAACUGUGCUUCUCUGAGGAACCCAACACAGGUUUCAAAGUAAAGGAUAAUUUGUACUAAAGGUACAGUUUUAUUUUCAUGCUGAAAAGGGGCAAAACAACUAUAAUGUAAAUAUCAGUUGUGUAAAAAUGUAACAUAUAUAGUGAUUUAUUUGAUCUCUUUCUAAUGAAGCUUUAUUUAUCUUGUUCUUCAUUUUGAAGAUGUAAAA